CCCCGCUUCCGGUGCGUCCCAAGUGCCCGCUGCUCUGGUCGCUGCGCUUUGGCCUCCCGUGGUUGAGCGUGCUGGGACCGGGACACCGGCGAGGGCAGCACCAGGAGGCGCCAGCUGUGCGGACCAGCGUCCGCGCGGCUGGCUGGAGGCUCAAGUGGGAAGGAAGCGCGAGCACCGAGCCCAUAGUGGAGGCCGAAGGGGCCGGGCGGGUAGCAGCGGGACCCGGCGCGGCUUGCGGCGACCUCGGCGGCCCCGCCCAUUCUCUGCGGGACGAUCUGCCUCCGCUUUCACAGUCUUCCACAGUAUUCCAAGAGCAGUAGAAAAUGAAGAAAUCCCUGGGGCCAGUGUCAUUCAAGGAUGUGGCUGUGGACUUCACCCAGGAGGAGUGGCGGCAGCUGGAUGCCAAUGAGAAGACGACAUACAGGGAUGUGAUGCUGGAGAACUAUAGCAACCUCGUCUCUGUGGGGUGUCACAUUAUCAAACCGGAUGUUAUCAUCAAGUUGGAGCAAGGAGAAGAGCCAUGGAUAGUAGAAGGAGCUUUCCCACCUCAGAGCUACCCAGAUGAAGUCUGGCAAGCUGAUGACCUGAUGGAGAGAGUCCAGCAAGAUGCACAUGUGUUCUUCAAUAAAACCCUGGUUGAAGAGAGAGGUAGUGUUUCUGAGAAAGCUUUUAGUGUACAAAUGAGCCCUGUUUCUUCAAGAAAAAUAGCCUUUAAAUGUGAUGCCUGUGAAAAGAGUUUAACGUCUGUUUCAGAAUACAUUAGUAGUGAUGGAAGCUAUGCAAAAAUGAAACCUGAUGAAUGUAGUGGGUGUGGAAAAUCACUCCUCCACAUUAAGCUUGAGAAAACCCAUCCAGGAGAUGUGUAUGGAGGAACUUACGCUGUAAAAGAAGAGAGUAUUUAUCAGAAAGUGCAUAUUUUGGAGAAACCUUUUGAAUACAUCGAAUGCCAGAAAGCCUUCCAGAAGGACUCAGUUUUUGUUAAUCACAUGGAAGAGAAGCCCUAUAAUUGGAAUGAGUCUGAAAUAGCAUUUCUCCAAAUGUCAGACCUCAGUGGCCAUCAGAGAUCUCACGUGGACAUGAAGUCCUAUGAAUGCCAGGAAUGUGGGAAGUCCUUCUGUAAAAAGUCAAAAUUCAUUAUUCACCAGAGGACUCAUACAGGAGAGAAACCUUAUAAAUGCAACCAGUGUGGGAAGUCUUUCUGCCAGAAGGGGACGCUCACAGUGCACCAGAGGACCCACACAGGGGAGAAGCCCUACGAAUGUAAUGAAUGCGGGAAAAACUUCUACCAGAAGCUACACCUUAUCCAACACCAGAGAACUCACUCAGGAGAGAAGCCCUAUGAGUGCGGUUAUUGUGGGAAGGCCUUCUGCCAGAAGACGCACCUCACACAGCACCAGAGAACACACUCAGGGGAGAGGCCCUAUGUGUGUCACGACUGUGGCAAGACCUUCUCCCAAAAGUCAGCGCUUAAUGACCACCAGAAGAUUCACACGGGGGUGAAGCUGUACAAGUGCAGUGAGUGUGGCAAGUGCUUCUGCCGCAAAUCUACGCUCACAACCCACCUGAGGACACACACAGGUGAGAAGCCGUACGAGUGCAACGAGUGUGGGAAGUUCUUCUCACGUCUCUCGUACCUUACUGUGCACUAUCGCACCCACUCCGGGGAGAAGCCCUAUGAGUGUGCUGAGUGUGGGAAAACUUUUUACUUGAACUCGGCCCUUCUUCGGCACCAGAGGGUGCACACGGGGGAAAAGCCAUAUGAAUGCAAUGAGUGUGGAAAGCUGUUCUCCCAGCUCUCCUACCUCACUAUCCAUCACCGGACACACUCUGGAGUGAAACCCUAUGAGUGCAGUGAGUGUGGGAAAACCUUCUACCAGAAUUCUGCCCUGUGCAGACACCGCAGGAUUCACCGAGGAGAAAAGCCCUACGAGUGUUACAUCUGUGGGAAGUUCUUCUCUCAGAUGUCCUACCUCACCAUCCACCACAGAAUCCACUCAGGAGAGAAGCCCUAUGAAUGUAGUGAGUGUGGGAAAACCUUCUGCCAGAACUCAGCCCUUAAUAGACACCAGAGAACACACACAGGUGAAAAAGCCUAUGAGUGCUAUGAAUGUGGGAAGUGCUUCUCCCAGAUGUCGUAUCUCACCAUCCAUCACCGGAUCCAUUCUGGAGAGAAGCCCUUCGAAUGUAAUGAGUGUGGAAAAGCCUUCUCUCGGAUGUCAUACCUCACUGUGCACUACAGAACCCAUUCAGGAGAGAAACCCUAUGAAUGUACUGAGUGUGGGAAGAAAUUCUACCAUAAGUCAGCAUUCAAUAGCCAUCAGAGAAUUCAUAGGAGAGGGAAUGUGAAUGUAGUUGAUAUGGGACAGCUUCUCUGAAGUUAGGCCUCAGACAGCCCUUUCAAGACACUGAUAUCAGAAGUCAAACACUAUUAUACAGUUGGCUUUCUGUGUGCAUGGGUCCUAUAUAUAUGGAUUCAACCAGUCAAAAUAUUUAGUAAAAAAAUUGUAACUGUA